GUGAUUCGGCAACGCAGAGGGGAAAAAAAAAAACAACAACAAGCAAAAAAACCACUACCCCAAAUAACAAACUAUCACCAUGUUUUGAGCCGUACGCAUUGCUGUUGCCCACAGAGAAGCCCUUGUGUCAACAGCCUGGUAUCUGGAAUGAUUGAUGCUGUAGUGCUCAUUGAAAAAUAGGAGUGUGUGCGUUUGUGUGUGGAGAUCACAAAUCUGCUGCAGGCUGCAGUAAUGCCCUGCACAGCUGCUACGCCUCAUCUGAUUCCAGUUCAAUGGUGCAGCAAGUCGAGGAGAUUUUUGACAUCCUGAUGCCUCGACGUGCCUGUCUCAGGUGACGCUUUUCCAGUUCACUUUAACUUUUAUGUGAGGAGGAGUGUGUGUCCCAUGUUGCACUAGGAGUGUGAGUGUGUGUGUGAGAUGCUGGCCUGUUUGCCAGGGCCAGGUGACCUCUCCCUCCAGCUUCUUCCUCACUCGCAGAUGAACACUGGACUUCAGAAAUGGGACACUACACAGAGGAUGAGAUCAGCCCAGUAUCCGACCCCUGCGGAGCUGGACGCUUAUGCUAAGAAGGUGGCCAACAGCCCGCUGACCAUUAAAAUUUUUCCUAACAGCGUCAAGGUCCCACAGCGCAACCACGUGCGGCGCACUGUCAACGGAUUGGACGCGGGUGGUGCACGCUACAGUCCCUAUCCCCCUUCACAGUCUGCAGCCAAGGCUGGCCUUUUGGCUAUAGUCAAGGCACCCGUCACCAAGGGCAUCAUCAAAGACUUCACCGGUACACGUGUGACGAUGAGCGCCCCUGGAAGUGGGUAUGGCCCGGCACCAAGCACUUUAACCCUUCAGCAUGCACCACAGCCGCUUCAGAGACCCCCACAACAUCCACAAGGCCUCCCACAACACGGUCAGAAUCUCCAGCCCCUCCAACAGCAACACCAGGGACUUGGGCAUCAUGCACCCUCAGCAAUGCCCCAGCACCCACAAGGUAUGGGGAGGACACAGCCUCUUUCCCACCCCCCUCCUCUUGGUCACCCAGGUCCACAGCCUCCUCCCGCUCUCUUGCUUCAACAGCAGCAGCAGCAACAACACCUCCAACAGCCUCCUCCGGGUCUGCAGGGUGGAACUAGAAAACUCACGGAUGCCGAUGCCCCGCCCAAUGUGACUGUUUCUACCUCAACCAUUCCUCUCUCAAUGGCUGGCACCCUGCACCAGGGCCGCCAAGCUGAUCUGAGCACCAUUGUGCACCAGAUUAACCAGUUCUGCCAGGCUCGGGCCCAGGGCGCUGGAGCCACAUCCAUGUGUGAGGGCCAAAUUGCGAAUCCAAGCCCCAUCAGCCGCAACUUGCUUAUCAAUGCCAGCUCCCGGGUGGCCAUGCACAGUGGGCAUUCCAGCACUGUACCUCCAGGCCUCGGACACUCUUCUUGCACCAUUGGAGCACCAGAUAAAUCAGUAGGCACUGGAGUGCCUCUGCACAACAUGGGUGCCAUAAACAGGAUGGCUGUGUAUCACAACGAUUUGAAACAGCAGCAGCAUCUGCAGCACCAACAGAACCCCCAACAGCAUCCAAUUUGUCACCAACAGCAUCAGCAGAUGAUGUCAUGGAACCAGCAUCAGCUUGCCCACCUGCAGCAUGUAUCAGACGGAGCUGGGCACCCUUGCAAAACCGCUCCUCGGGACCCAGGCUUCCCUUGUAAAGGCAUGAACUACCCCCCUGAGCUGUGUGUAGGGCAGCCUUAUUCCCUCAAACCCCCCAUGGAUAAGCCAACGCCUUCGCCUCCAGUUGUCAACACCACCACCAUGCCACCUGGCACUGUUGUGCACUACGCCAACGGCCAGUACUACCAUCAGGUGCCCGUGUGGGGUAGUAUUCUCCCAACACCUAACAGCGACAGUUCCAGUUCACAGGAGUUGCCCGCACCCUUCCAUGGUCCGACAGGCAAUGGAACAGGCGGUACCAACCCCACCCCAGGGGUGGACUGCGCCCCCACGGGAGGAACGGCACAUUAUCGACCGGCAGGAGUAGCAGGGGGAGCCGCAGUGGGGCAGACUAAUCUGAUGCAAACGGCAGAUUACAUGGGAGGGGACUUCCAGACGCCCUGCUUCCGAGAUCAAAAUCUGGGCCUAAUGGGGAAGAUGCCCAGGCCUCCCCCCAUGGCCCAUGGCCAGCACCCAGGGUACAGAUAAGCUCCGACACAGGCUCUGCUCUCCACCUCUGUCCGUUUCAGAUAGCCACACAAAAUCAUCUACUUUGCUCUCUGUCUUAAAAUUACUUAAUAGGAGGAAAAGCAUUACAACACAUCAGUUCACGUUAACAGUUCAGACAGCAAACAAAGUCAUCACUGAAAACUGAAACAUUUAACAAAAGCAGUGUUUUUCACUUUUUUUUUUUUUCCUUUUAGUCAUCAUUCUUGCAAGUGAUCAAUUUUUUUUAAAGGAUUAAGCCCAUUUACCUUUGGUUAUUGGUUUCACUUUGUUUUCCCCACAUCACUGUGUGACGUGUCUUCUUGGCAUAGAAAUACAGUCUGAAAGAUGAAAUGAUGUCCUGAAACCAGGGGUUUAUAGUUCAGCUGUAGGCUGAAUAAGCUCAGUAAUGCACUGUUCAGGAAGGUGUUUUUUUUUUUUUUUCCCCUGGAUCAGGCCUGAGUCUGCUUGGCAUCUCCAGAUUACUCCCAAAAUUGUUCACGACAAUAUAGAUGUUAUUCAGAGGGCUUCAUCCUCUUCUCUAGGUUAAUUUAUUAAUAUGUGAAUGGGAUGCUAGUUUGCAGUUGGCAAGAUGAUUUCGACUGGAUAACAUCAGUGAAGUUCUCGGUCGCAUAUCAAGCCACUUAGACUGGCUGGGCUUAAAAUGACUGAAGCAUAAUUUAUGUAUCAGUUACAGUCGAAAGUGCUGCGACAAAUCAGGUGGUUUAACUGAGGUCUUAACUCGUUUAGAUUAAUGAAGUAGGCAGCAUGAUUGACUUGUGGAGUUCUAGUUUCUUAAGAAGCCAAUGUGGGCUGAACUGAAAGGUGGGGGGACCUGCAAGAAGAUCGAGCUUCAAGGGGUGCCGUUGUACUUCUGCUUCAUUUUCUUGAUAUGAAAACGUACUUGAAUCCGAGAGAUGGGCUGUUCUCUUGUUAGAUGGUUUGUUAUAAAGUUAGCAGGACUAAACUUACUACUGGAGAAGAUUGUGGAUUGUUACUAAUAUCAUUUAGAGACUAACUACAAACCAAAAUUGAGAUUAUUUGAUCCUACAUUUUGUCAUGUAUCUGUUGAAAUAACUUCAGUUUAGGAGUUGCUACUGAUGCUCUAAUGACAUGUGCUUGAAUGAAUAGACCAAAUUGAUCACUUGCAAGAUCGCUUGUGGGUAAAUCAAGGAGGACUUGAAGUCAAAGGUGAAACAGCAGAUGAAUUAUUUUAUUGUACACUGGCUAAUCUGCUAUACUACUGUAACUUUUAAGAAGUGUAAUGACUGUGUGAAUGUUGGAUGAUUUGCGUGGGGAUCGUUUUAGUGGAGGAGUGAGAAGGUGUGUGUGUGUGUGUGUGUGUGUUGGUUGGUUGGUUGGUGGAUUUACCAUCACCCACUCUCUGCUUGCCUCCCUCUGGAACAGCCCUUAUAAAGCCUUAAGUAUUUGGUCCUUGGACUUUCCUUUGAAAACAAGCAUGGUUAUUAUGAAACCUAUAAUAUUGAUAAUUAUGAAAAUGACUUCAAAAAGACUAUAAAGGAACAGCAAUUUUUUCCUUGUUUAUUUUUAUUAA